CAAAAGUACCACACUACUGUGACAGAAUUCAUUCUUCUGGGACUCACGGACGACCCAGUCCUGGAGAAGAUCCUGUUUGGGGUGUUUCUGGCCAUUUACCUCAUCACGCUGGCAGGGAAUCUGUGCCUGAUCGUGCUGAUCAGGACCAAUUCCCACCUCCAAACGCCCAUGCAUUUCUUCCUUAGCCACCUCUCCUUUGUAGACAUUUGCUAUUCCUCCAACGUUACCCCAAACAUGCUGUACAGUUUCCUCUCAGGCCAGAAGGCCAUCUCCUAUGCUGGAUGCUUCUCGCAGUGUCUUCUCUUCAUCGCCCUGGUGAUCACUGAGUUUUACAUCCUUGCUUCAAUGGCAUUGGACCGCUAUGCAGCCACCUGCAGCCCUUUACAUUAUAGUACCAGAAUGUCCAAGGACACUUGUAUCUGUCUCGUCACGGUCACUUAUGCUUUUGGCUUCCUUAACGGACUCUCUCAGACGCUGCUGACCUUUCACUUGUCCUUCUGUGGCUCCCCUGAAAUCAACCAUUUCUACUGUGCAGAUCCCCCUCUUAUAACGCUGGCGUGCUCGGACACCUAUGUCAAAAGGCUGGCAAUGCUGGUAGUUGCUGGAUUUACUCUCCCAAGCUCUCUCUUCAUCAUUCUCCGGUCCUACGUUUUCAUUCUAGUAGCCAUCUUGAGGAUGCGUUCUGCUGAAGGCAGGCGCAAAGCCUUCUCUACCUGUGGUUCUCACCUGACAACAGUCACUCUGUUUUAUGGAACUCUCUUCUGCAUGUACUUAAGGCCCCUAUCUGAGAGGUCCAUAGAGGAGUCUAAAAUAAUUGCAGACUUUUAUACUUUUUUGAGCCCAAUGCUGAAUCCUUUGAUCUACAGUCUAAGGAAAAAGCAUGUGAUCCAUGACCUCAAGCAAAUGAUUAAGGAAAUCUCUUCCUUAACAAUACAGUAUAGACAUCAGUUAAUUUGA